UGUUCCAUCUCAGAACAAAAGCUCCUCUAUUAGCUCAGGUAAGCGAGUGAUGGAGACUCAAGAGAUGAAGGUCACACCACAUGUUGCCUUUAACUGCUGCACUGAGCCCAUCCUGGGGGCAGAACCACAGCUAAUUAUUUGAAGGAGGGAACCUAUUGAAGUCUCCUUCCUCAUCUUUGCCAUUAAUCUCACUUCAUUUGUUACUGUAAGUCGGUGUGGAGGACCCUAUUGAAGACCAGCAGACUUUUCACUCCAGGAGCCCAACGGUUGCUGUCGGUCUUGUGGCUGACUGAGUUUAGUGAAAGAGGCAGAAUGUCUAACAACAUGGCCAAGAUUGCAGAUGCUCGAAAGACGGUAGAACAAUUGAAACUGGAGGUCAACAUAGAGAGGAUGCUGGUAUCCAAAGCAGCAGCUGAGCUGAUGGCCUACUGUGAAUCUCAUGCCAAAGAGGACCCCCUGGUGACCCCGGUUCCUUCCUCUGAGAACCCAUUCAGAGAGAAGAAAUUAUUCUGUGAAAUACUAUAACCCCCACACACAAAUGUCUACGCACUAACACUAUAGUCACUAUUUUAAUGUGUAAAUUCAGUGUCGAUUUAAAUGGCAAACAAAAAACAACAACACACUUUUACAACAUUUAGCAGUUUUGUUAUUCAAAUAGCUCUUUGGUGAUUAAUUUUACCUGAGGAAUGAUCAUAAUUUUAAUAGGAUAAUGGCACAAUAAAGAUUUAUUGAAAAUGGGUGCAAAGUUCAUUUAAACAGACCUGUUCUUCUGCCUCUCCUUGUGCAUACAGAUUAUAUAUUAACUCAUUGGUAUAUAUAAGUUUUCACUACAUUGUUUUAAAACUUUGUGUCCAAACUUUUAAAACAACAAUAAUAAUAAUAACAUUCUUUUAUUCCAUCUUGGAUUUAAUGUUUCAGAUUGAAUAGUUGUAAGAUAUUAAAUCAUAGGCAAAAUAAAUCAUAAAUUUGUUCUUCACACAU